AUGUUGGAAAUAGUUCUUUUUUGUUUAUCAAGUGUACACUUUUAUAGCAUUGCUGCACAAGGAGAGUGCACAGAUUUGCGUGGAAGGCUUAUUUCUCAUGGUUUUCAUUAUGCACCCGGACCGGACACCUGUACCCUCUGUGUUUGCGAUAAUGGUCUUCCCAAAGUAUGCAAGGCAGUUUUGUGCUCUCCACCACAGGAUUGUCGAUCAUUUCGUGUGGGGAACACUUGUUGUGAAUUCAUCUGCCUGGAUGACGUGGUGAAGCGGACUGAGGGCGAGGCGAAUGUUCGCAUGGCGGCGGGUGGUGCGGCCGCACUGGUGCUGGUUACCGUCGCGCUCGUAGUGUACCGCGUGCGCACCCACAAGCGUCGACGUCCACCGCGUCCCGAUGACCAACGCAGUCUCACUAGUAUAGGAUACAUAAGUGGUAGUAUGGGGUAUAUGGGUGGGACAUGCGAGACUGCUUUGGGUGCUUGGAAGCCACCAAGUAACUACCUACCACGUGGCGAGGCUCCUCCUCCAUAUGAUGAGGCAGUUGCUCAAUGCCGAUCGGAUUCUAUUAGGGUGAACAAUGAAUCCUUUCAUCGGUCUUAUACGGGCAUGGUGGACAACGGUGACGCCAUACAAUGCACGGGACACGCCUACAUCAAUAUACAGAGACCAGUGCAACAGAUUGCAAAUACUCAGAACUGUUACAACGCGCCGCUGUUGCAGUCCGUGCAUCCGCCUGAUGCACGAGAGCCGGCUAUCAUUCCACACCAUCCCCUUGCACCAAGUGUGGUGGGGUUUCCGAGUACGAUCCGUCUAACGGGCUCGUUGGGUACGAUAAGUGGACGCGGGUUGCAGGCCGCUCAGCCCGUUCAACUGGGUCAGUCCGGUCAGCUGGGCCAGCCCGGUCAGCCAGUAUUACCAGCCGCGUUUCGUGAACCGGAACACGAACGUCCGCACAAUGUGCCUGGCUUCUACACGCACUCCCACCCGCUGCAUACUUCUCUGCACAGAACCAUUCCACGCAUAUCGACAGCGUUGGACACGAGCAUCUUGGACUCGAUGUCCGGUUUCAGUCGAGCGGAGCGAUCGCUGUGCGGAGAGAUCCGGCGCUCGUUCCACCGCGCCGGCGAGCCGCGCCUCGACACGGGACGCAGCAUGCCGCGGAACCUCAACAUGGCCGUCAGCAACGUCGACCUGGGCCUCGACCACUCUGGGAGCACACGGUUGAGCAGCGCGCGGUCGCGGGCCCAGAGCGAGGAGCAGAACGUGGGGGGAGGCGAGACCAAGCCCAGAGCUGCGCACAGCGACGCCCCGCCGCCAGCCGCGUCCACCGCGCCCCCUUCACCCCCCGCGCACUCCGCACCGACUGCCACCGCCGCCGCCACUGCACCGGCACCUCCCGCACCCCCCGCACCGCAGCCCACGCUACCCCUCACCGUCGACAAGCCAUCAUGCGUCUGCAGUUAUGACGGGACCAAUGCCCCAGGAAAUGAAGACGCCGACGAUUAUCGAAACGAGUGUGAGAACUGCAAAUCAGCUAGCAGCUCUAGGUAUGACGACGUACUUCACGUAUCACGGUAG